AAUGAAAAGGAUGUAAAGCAAAGAAGACAUAAUUAAGGAUUAAUAUAUGAAAACUCUAACUUGCUUCUUACAAGAUAGCACUCUAUAUGAUUGCUUAUCUAUCAAUAAUCAAGUGACUGUGAUUGAUUAAUCAUUCUCUCUAUUUGAUGUUUUUAAUGUGUUUAUUGAUACGCAUAUUGAUGAAGUAUUGUUUUGGAAUCCAGAUGUAGCUUAUUAUGAUGGUGUAUUCACUUAAACAGAUUUGAUUCGAAUAAUCCUUAAAUGCUAUCAAAAUAUUCUAAAUGGUGUUCCUAAUGGUAAUCUCUAAUGCAUAUUUUAGUCAGUGUGGGGAAAUAGUAAAAUAUAGGUUUAGCCAAUAAUGGAAGAGGAAGAUGAAGAUCGUACUACUCCUGUGCAUUAAAAAUAAUUAAUAGGAUAAGAGCAGAUAAAUAGAUUGCUGAUUGAUUUAAGGACGAUUUCAGUAAGAGACUGGUUCAAUUCUUAUGGAGAAAGUCUUCAUUAAAUAAGUCUGGUCUAGGCAGACAUGGCUGAUAAUCUUAAUGAUGCAAUGAAGAAGAUAUUAAAGUAGGGUGUAACAAGAAUUGUAGUUAUUGAUACUGAAUCUAGAAUUAUUGUGGGCAUCUUAUAAUAAAAAGAUAUUUUAGCAUUUCUUGUAAAAGGGUUUAGUUAAUAUUUCCAUUUAUAAUUAUCAUAAAAAUCACAUAGAAUUGAAGUUCAUCAUGAAAAUAAUCAACAAUCAGAAUAACAUGAACUAGAAAUCAAUUACUUUAGUGAUAGGAUUUUAUAAUUGAAUGAUAAACUUCCUUUUGACACUAAUGUAUAUGAGUAAUCAUAUCUAUAUAUUUUUUAGUGUAUUCUAUAAAUUGAUCUAUGUAUUUAAACGUAAUGCUAUCCCCAUUGUUGAUAAUAACAAUAAGUAUUUAGGAUUGAUAGACAGAAGAGACUUUUUAUUUAUUCUCAAAUAUUAAGUAUUCGACAUGGUAUAACUCAAUAAUAUGAAUAGUUGAAUAGACCUGCUAUAGAUUUGUUGAACUUUAUUAAAGUUGAGAAAAAAAAGUUUGCAGGUUUUUGUAUAUGCAAUAAAGAACUAUUCCACAUGAAACAAACAUUAAAAGAAGUAUUAUCACAUUACAAUUAGGUUGUUGAAAAUUUAUUACUCUCUUCUAGAGGUAGUUUAGUUUGCUUGAAUGAAAGUUAAGAGCCAAUUGCUACAUUAUAAAUGUCUGAUCUCUUCAAAAUUUGUUUAGAUGAUAUCGAAUUAGAAUGAAUUUAUAUUAUCAUAAAUAUGUGUAUAUAUUUAAAUGAAUAAUUAUAGAUUCCCAUAAUCAACCACUAUCCCUGUAUUCAACACUAUCACUUAAGAGUCAUUAUAUAUUAAAAUCACUCCUCAUUUUAAAGAGUUCUUAAUCACUUUAAAUGAAUAAGUUUUGCUCCCUGAAAAGUUUAAAAUGUGCUAUCGUUUUAAUAUUAAAGAUAGAAUCAUUGAUUUGGCUUGUCCAAUAGACUAUUAAUUAUACAUAGAGAGAUUAUAAACCCUUAAAAAUGAGUAAUUAAUUCUAUUGAUAAAAUUAGGAGUUUUCCUUUGGUUUAAAUCAUUAGUUUAGAAUAAGAUAGCUAUUUAUCUAAUGAGAUGAUUGAAUAAGAUGAGGAAUGGCAAGAAAGUCUAUCAAAAGGCUAUUUCAAAAUAAAUUCAGAGAUUUAAGAAAUCUAAUAAUUAAAUGAAUAACUUUAACAAAUGUCAAUAUCUGAAAUCCAUUAAAUUGAUUAUCAUAAAUGUUACUUUUGUGAUGAUAAUUUGGAAAAUAAAAAAUAAUUUAGAUGCAUAAUAUGCGAUGACUUUUAGAUUUGUGAGGAAUGCAAUACUCAUAAGAGAGAAUAAGAACAUCCUAAUAAUCAUAUAUUUAUUUAAUGUAAUCAUGUGAUAGAAUGGAAUAAACUUAAAUAAGAUUCAUACAUUAAAUUAAUGAAACAAAAAGUAGAUCUCUUAAAAUACUUUAAAAUACAUUCAGUUAAUAUUCAUGAAUAAAUUACAUGUGAUGGUUGUGAAAAUUCACCAAUUUUAGGUUAUCGUUAUUAAUGCUGUGAAUGCUCAGAUUUUGAUUUAUGUAAAAUUUGCAUCAAAGAGUUCAAACAUGAUGAAACUCAUAACUUUAUUUAAUUAACAACAAACAUUGAGUUUUUGUAAUUACAAUGA